CAAGUCUAAUCACAUGACAAGCCUGUCUGGAGUCAAAUAUGACUGAUGUUUCCUCUUAGAUAUCCUGUUGGAGAUGGAUCCUACGUCUGUGUCAGAGGGGGAGAGAGUCACACUGAGAUGUAGAACUCAAUGUACAGUCGGUCUCAACCCCACCUACAUCUGGUACAAGAACAGACAACAUCUAACCAACCCAGUCACCAGUUAUAACAGGCUGAUCCUAGACCCAGUCACCAGUUAUAACAGGCUGAUCCUAGACCCAGUCACCAGUUAUAACAGGCUGAUCCUAGACCCAGUCAGCAGUGAGGAUGCAGGGAACUACUCCUGUGCUGUAGAAGGCUUAGAGAGAAUCCUCUCUCCAGAAGAGACUCUCACUGUCAGAUAUGGUCCAAAGAACACCUCAGUGUCAGUCAGUCCCUCUGGUGAAAUAGUGGAGGGCAGUUCAGUGACUCUGACCUGCAGCAGUGAUGCCAACCCACCUGUGGACAAAUAUACCUGGUACAAGAAGAAUGGAGGUGAAUAUCAGUUCUCCUAUGUGAACACAGAACCACAUCUUGUCUUCAAUCAGAUCAAGUCCUCUGUCACUGGAGAGUACUACUGUGAGGCCUGGAAUGGGAUUAAGACGGGGACGUCUGAGUCAAUCAACAUCAAUGUGAAAUACGCUCCAAAGAACACCUCAGUGUCAGUCAGUCCCUCUGGUGAAAUAGUGGAGGGCAGUUCAGUGACUCUGACCUGCAGCAGUGAUGCCAACCCACCUGUGAACAAAUACACCUGGUACAAGAAGAAUGUAGCCUCACCAAAAGCAUCAGGACAGAGUUACAGCAUCACUAACAUCAGCUCUGAGGACAGAGGAGAAUAUUACUGUGAGGCCCAGAAUGGAAGAGGAUCUAUGAACUCUACAGCUCUGAUGAUCAUUGUAGCAGGGAAACAAACCUCAGUUCUGACUGCAGCUGUAGGAAUCAUAGUGGUUGUUCUGGUUCUCAUCCUCUGUCUCUCUGGACUCAUGUGGUUCAGGAAGAAGGUCUCCACAUCCACCUCCAACACAAGAGACACAGCAGAUGAUGGACAGGUGAGUCUGUUGGAAUCAGAAGGGAGAUUCUAG